AUGCGUGGGUGCAGAACUCUCAGCAAUCUAACUGAUCAGUUCACCACUCUCACGUGCCUGGAAAGCCUGACCAUAUCCUCGUGCAGCGUGUCCUCUUUGCCCCACAACUUUGGGAAGCUUCCAGCACUGAAGGCGCUGGUGCUGCACGAGCUACCGCUUCGCCAUCUCCCUGCUUCCUUCACCAGACUCGUACCUCUGGAGUCGGUUCUCCUAGUUGGGUGUAAGGGGAUGCAGGAGCUACCUGGGGGGUUUGGCUGCCUCACAGCACUGCAGUCUCUCAGCCUCGCAUGGUCGCCCGCCCUAAACCUUCCAGAAGACUUGGGGGGGCUGACCAAUCUCCAAACCCUCUGUCUCAACAGUAUCCGUGCAGAGCAGCUGCCGGCGUCAUUCACGCAGCUAGCAUCGCUGACUAGGCUGGAGCUGAAACUGUGCGGGAUUGCUGAGCUGCCAGAGGGCAUGGCGAAGAUAGCACACCUGCAGGAGCUCUCCAUUCAACACUGCCGUUCUUUCAGGGAGCAUCUGGAAUUUGUAACAGCGCUGGUCCGCCUUGAAGUGCUGAGGAUAGAAUGGUGCCACAGUCUCUCCUCGGUUCCUAGGAGGCUGGACAGCCUCACCAAGCUGACUCAGUUGGGACUGUUGGAGUGUUGUCGGCUGAACAACGCCCCUCUGACUCUCCCACUCAGCCUCCAGGCUUUGUCCUUUGAAAAGAAUCCGUACGGGGCAUCUCUGACACCCACGCACCUUAGGGAACUGUGUUUGGGCACUGUGGGUGCAACCUGUGUUGAGGCCGUCAGUGCCCAUCUCUCCGCUGUGGAGCACCUGAACUGUAAUGGGUCAGUGCUGCUGGAGCUGAGGCAGCUGAGCAUCAUCAAUUGGGUGGAUGGACUCACAGAGCUGCCUGCAGCCAUCACCACUCUCCACCACCUCACAUCCUUUCAACUCCUCGCGCCGAAUCUAUCAAUUCUCCCGUACGGCCUUGGGGCUUUCUCAAGGCUGCGCAGGCUGGACCUAUCCUUCUGCUCAUCCCUCACGCAUCUCCCUGUUUCCCUCACUCAACUCUCCUGCCUGCAUGAGCUGAACGUCAGCUACACCCGCAUCCGGCUGCUUCCUGCUGGCGCUCAGCUCAGCAGGCUGAGGUUCCUCAAUCUUCAGAACUGCAAGCAGCUCCGGGCUCUGCCUGACGACAUAGGAGAUCUCAGAAUGCUCCAACAACUUAGUCCCUUUCCCCAGUUGGUGUACCGUAUGGCAGCAUACCGUAGUCAAGUCAGCCUCCAACCCUGA